CAUCAACUACACAGAUUCAAUAGAAUUCGGGAAAUUUCUUGUUUAAAAAAACUCCAAUUCACACAAAUAUCAAUAAAAUUCACCUAAAAUCAUUAAAUACCAUAUAAAUAGUAUUUUUAUCUAAUUUGAAACCUGUAAAAAUGAGUGAUUCAAGCCAACACGAUGACCAAGUCGAGUGCCCUUUGUGCAUGGAACCUCUGGAUGUUGACGAUUUGUCUUUUUAUCCGUGCUCCUGUGGAUAUCAGAUCUGCAGAUUUUGUUGGCACCGUAUCAGGACGGACGAGAAUGAACUUUGUCCAGCUUGUAGAAAGGCGUAUUCCGAGAAUCCCGCCGACUUUACUCCACUGUCGCAAGAACAGAUUGUGGCGUUAAAGGCGGAAAAGCGCCAGAAAGACCAACAAAAGAAGCAAAAGAUAAACGAGGAUCGGAAGCAUCUGGCGAAUGUGCGUGUGGUGCAGAAGAAUUUGGUCUUUGUUGUGGGGCUUCCUCCGAGACUCGCGGACCCGGAAGUGCUCAAGAGGCACGAAUACUUCGGAAAAUAUGGGAAAAUCCAUAAAGUUGUAAUAAAUCCGAGUACGGCGUAUGCGGGGGCGCAGGGACCUUCAGCGUCUGCGUAUGUCACGUAUGUGAAUAACAACGACUCUUUGAGGGCGAUCCAGAGUGUUAACAACAUAACAAUCGAUGGUCGUCUCAUCAAAACGAGUCUGGGCACCACAAAGUAUUGCAGUAACUUUAUGAAGAACCAGCCUUGUCCGAAGCCCGAUUGUAUGUAUCUGCACGAGUUGGGCGACGAGGAAGCUAGCUUUACGAAGGAGGAAAUGCAUCAAGGCAAACAUCAGGAGUACGAGAAGAAACUGCACGACACACUCAUAGCGCUGACACAGAACGAGGAAUUAAAGAGCUCCGCGGAGAAGAGUGAACGGAACGAGAAAAAUGAGAAAAGUGAAAAGAGUGAGAAGAAUGAGAAGAGCAACGGUUCGGGCAAAGAAAACAGUAAUGGCAACAGUAACAGUAGCAGUAAUAGUAGUAGUGCGGAAACAAAGGUGAAAAAACCGGCACAAGGCAAGCGGAACAAGGAAACGUGGCCUAGUUUAUCGAAUUCACCGACGCCAAAAUCUGCGGGCAAACAAGUUAAUUCAAAGGAAAACGGAAAGAAUGACUCAAAAUGCAACAAAAGUGAAAAAACAAAGGCGGAAAAGAACAAAACAUCGUUCGAGGAGGAAAAUAUUUCACAAGAAGGCACAUGGAACACUGCAUCACAAGAAGACAACCACGCCAAGGAAAUUGCAAUUGAUAAAGCGAACAUGGAUGAGAGUGAAAGGAAGGACGAAGAAGCGUAUUUCAAUGAAAAAGCCAACACAGAUUUCACAAAUGGCGAACACAAACAGGAGGAUCCAGCUUUAAUUGAGACAGAAAACAAGACGACAAUAGAUCGCCCAAUAAAUUCACAACUCCCAGACCUACUGAGCGGAACGGAAAUAGAUCGACACUACUUCAAUCUGGCAGGGGACAAGGCACUGGGGCCACAAAACAAAACAGAAUCUCUACCUGAUUGGGAAGACAGCUUGAAAUAUUUGAUGAUGAGAACGAAUGCGGAGGACAAUGCCAAGCAACAAUUCCGUAAAACGGAUGAACUUUUCGCAUUCAAUAAUUUGACGCUGAAUGACUUGCUAAUGGACAACAGAAAUGCCCUAUUUCCGGAUCAGUACCAUCACAGAGAUGAAACCAAGCAGAGUAAUUGCUCGAGUAACAUGUUAAAGUUCUUCGAUUUUCACAAAAAUCUACAAAAUCAGCAGCAAAAUUAUCAAAAAACGAACACAAAUCCCGUUGAAAAACCGUAUUCAAUGAUGAACGAGUGCUUGAACAAACCGGAAGGCGGAAGUCCACGGCAAACAAGUAGCUUUCAGCAACAAGACACACAAUUCGGAGUUAAUAACAAGAGUAAUUCGUCAAAGAAUAACUUGUUGAACUCCAUGUAUCACAUGCAAAAUGCCUCCGUGGCUGAUGAAUUAGGGUUUGAUCCGUUCGCUGAGACACAAAAAGCUUUAGCUGAGUUGAUGCGUGACGAGGUCACCCGGAAGAAGAUGGACGAACAAGAUAUGGCGAAACGUCAAAACACAAUCCACGCUCCGCCAGGCUUCAACAGUGUUAAUGCCUGUAAAUUGAAUUCUUGGACAAACAAUGCGUACCCACAACUUGGGCAAAAUGCAUUCAAUGCCAACAAAAGUCCAAGCAUGUCAAACUACCAGGAUUGGACAAGUUUGGAUCCGGCAAUCGUUUCAUUUCGUCAGUUUCCCACAUAUGGACAGAUGCCUGAGAAUCUAGAGCCCCGACAACAGCCACAACCGAAUCCGCAACCGAUGUCUGACUAUCUACAAUAUUCGCAACUGGGUGGAAAUUCAAACUUUGGUAUGGAUCCAAGCCAAUACGGACUAAAUGGAAUUAGAAAUUUACAGACACAAAUGACACAGAAUCCAUUCAAUUGGUUUUCCCAUAAUCAAAACAACUAUCAACAGAAUUCGGUUUCAUUUCCGCCAGGAUUCCAAGCAAAUUUAAAUGGAAACAAAAUGGGUUAGAGAAUUGUGCAAGAGCCGACCCCCCUGUUCAACUGUCAUCUGUGUCUUCAGAUAAAAAUUUGGCAGUAGAAAUUUUAUUUUCUUUGCAAUAUUAUCCGAAAUUAAAAAAAAAAUCUAAAAUACACAACAGUGAAACAUGCUAACACAUAAACAGAACUUAAAACAAAUAUAAAAAUAAUAAAUAUAAUA